AUGCAUGAUGCUGAGAAAGUUACCAGCGUGUCGGGCCGUGGCCCUCAUCCCAAUCUCACAACUAAUCCUAUUACCGAUGAACUUCCUCCUCUUGACAAGUCACUUCGUGGUUGGUUAGCCGUGGUCGGCGGCUUCUGUUGCCUUUUUGUGUCGUUUGGCUGGAUUACGUGUAUCGGCGUCUUUCAAGCUUAUUACAGCUCCCACCAACUAAGCAAUUACAGCGCUAGUACUGUAGGCUGGAUUCCUUCGACUGAGACAUUCAUGCUGUUUCUAGGCGUGCCUAUCUUCGGUGGCUUAUUCGAUCGCCUAGGCCCUACUGUAAUUCUAGUUAUCGGCACUGUUUUACACGUCGGCGGCUUGCUAGGCGCUGCUAGCUGCCACACUUAUGGCCAAUUCUUCGCUACCCAGAGCAUAGUGAGUGCUAUGGGUACAGGCGCCAUAUUUAUGGCCGGUACUACUGCCGUCGGCACCUGGUUUCGAGCUCGGAGGGGUCUUGCACUCGGUCUCGUGAGUGCUGGUAGUGCUCUGGGUGCCGUCAUCGGUACGGCUGUCAUCCCGGUAUUAUUCGAUCGCAUUGGGUUUCCCUGGACGAUGCGUGCUGUGGCCCUAACGUAUUUCGUUUUUAUGAUUGUGGCUAUUGCCACCACAUCGCGCAGACAGCAGCCAUCAGGUCAUUCUCCGUCGCCAUUUCGUAUAUCACGCCUUAUUCCCGUGUCACUUCUAAUGUUUCGCCCCGUUUAUACCCUUGCUGUGGCCUGCUUUUUCUACUUUUUAGGCGUAUUUAUUCCCUACAAUUAUCUUGUGGUAGAGGCUGAAGAUGCAGGCGAUGGUGAGCAUUCGGCCAACAAUUUACUCGUUAUCCUAAGUGCUACAAGUACCGUGGGUCGGGUCAUGCCUGGAUGGCUUGGAGAUCGCUACGGACGCUUCAACACCACAAUCGCAUUUAGCAUUUUCUCGGUGAUACUGGUUCUUUGCGUGUGGAUAGCAGCGCCAUGGAAAACGGGGCGCAUUGUUUUCGCAGCACUCUACGGAUUCGGCUCAGGUACUUUCGUAUCUAUGGUGCCCACCCUCGCAGCUCAGGUCUGUCCCGAUAUGAGCCAAUAUGGGCAGUAUUUGGGCGCCGUAUAUCUUAUUAUCGCCCCAUCAGUUCUCAUCGCUCAACCUGUGGGUGGUGUGUUGGUUGAUGCUGGAAACGGGGAAAGACGGGACUCUUAUGUGUGGCUUAAGGUGUUCUGUGCACUUGGCAUGAUAGUGGGUGUAGUGGGGUUUCUGUUCGCUAGGGCAGCCUACAGAGGUCAUCCUUGGAACAUCUGGAAGGGCGGCAAGGCCUAA